AUGGGGUUUCGGCUCUGCCCGAAGACCAUUUUGGUAAUCAAGCCAGUGCCAAUAUUCAGCAAGGUUACGAGGCUGAAGGAGUUGUUCUUGGAAAUGUUGAAGCAGGGGAUAAUUCUGUUCCAAAGGAAGGGAAGUUCAAAGGAGAGGAUGGCUUGGUUGGGAUGGAGUUUGAAGUGGGAAAAGGAGAAUUUGACUCUUCUGUUUGAUUAUCUGUUCCUUCUUUUCUUUUUAGUUAUGAAUAUUAUAGUGUGGAAUUGUAGGGGUGCUCUGAAGCCCAAUUUUCAAAGGUAUGUUAGUGAGUUAGUUAGGAAUCAUAAUCUUGCUAUUUUGGUGGUUAUGGAAACGCGGGUUGGGGGAGACAGAGCAAAGGAGAUUAGUGAUUGCCUUCCAUUUGAUGGUGCUAUUCAUGCGGAGUCAAUGGGUUGUGCGGGCAAUAUUUGGUUGCUUUGGAAUUCAGACAGAGUUGGGAUUUCGCUGCUCACGAGCACGGAACAAGAAAUUCAUGUCGAAGUAAAGGUAUUACCUACUAACCUUUCUUGGAUUUUUUCUGCUGUGUACACUAGUCCUAGAAUUGGGGAGAGACAAGUGUUGUGGGAAAACCUUACUAAAGUUACUGAUCUUCAUAGUAAACCUUGGAUUAUUGCGGGUGAUUUUAAUGAACCCCUCGCUGAGGUUGAUAAGUUUGGGGGUCGGCCAAUUAGUAUAAACAGAUCGUUGCUAUUCAAAGAUUGCUUGGAUAAAUGUAACAUGGUGGAUAUGGGCUUUAGUGGGCCGAAAUAUACGUGGACGAAUAGAAGGGAGGUUAGCAGUCUUAUUCAAGAAAGAAUUGAUAGAUUCUUUAUGAAUCCUAGUUGGUGUAUGUUAUACCCGGAUGCCAAAGUGUCGCACUUAACUAGGUGCCAUUCGGACCAUUGCCCUGUGUUAAUGGAAACUAAUCCCAAUAGGCAAAUGCAUCUCUUGAGACCUUUUAGAUUCCAAUCCUUUUGGCUGUCCGAUCCUUCCUUUCCUAAUGUGGUUAACCAAGCGUGGCAGCAGCCUAGAAAGUUGCUGGAAGCUAUUGAAGCUUUUUCUAAGCAGGCUAGCUUGUGGAACAAAAACCAUUUUGGAAAUAUCUUCCAAAAAAAGAAAAGGAUUGUAGCCCGGCUGGAUGGGGUGCAAAAGGCUUUGGCCAAUCAACCUUCUGCCUCUCUAGUAGCACUAGAGAAUCAUCUUAUUAAGGAGUUGGAUGCUGUGCUAGAGCAAGAAAGGGACCUUUGGGCUUUAAAAUCUAGAAUUAAUUGGAUGAUUUUGGGAGAUAGGAAUACUUCCUUUUACCAUGUUUCUGCUCUUGCUCGUAGGAAGCAGAAUUUGAUCACUGCUAUUAAGAACGACGCGGGGGAUUGGUUGACUGAGGAAAGAGAGGUUGCAAAGCAUAUCAGAGAAGGAUUUAUUGACAUUUAUACUACUUCUCAGGAGGUUGCAACCCGUGAUUUUGAGUACAGUGUGCAGUGGCAGCCUAAACUUUCUUGUGAAGAGAAAGAUAGUCUUAGCCAAAAGGUGACAGAGGGGGAAAUUAGAGCUGCUCUGUGGUCUUUAAAAGCCUUUAAAGCCUCUGGUCCAGACGGGUUGCAUACCGGAUUCUUCCAAAGAUUCUAG